CGCGGGGGCUCCGACGGAGGGAGAGAGGCGGGCGUUUGCGUGUCCCGCAGGCGGGAGCCCAGGCGCGGGCGGAGGCGGGUCGGCGGCCCGUGGCCGCCGUCUCCUUGCCGACGGGGGAGGGGUCGGAGCCCUCGCCGGGGCGGCCGCCGCAGCCCGGCCGGAGCGGGCGGGACCCGACUCCACCCCGCGUCUGCCCUGCACGCCCGGGCACCCGGAGCGCCGCAGCCCGGUUGGUACUGCAAAGCUUUCUCCAGGAGCUGUUCUCACUUUGAUCUUAAAGGAACCAAGCAAGAUGCUGAAGGCCGCUCUGGGCUUUCCUUUCUUUCACGCUGUGGCUUUGCCAACACUGUGGGAACAGCUCAGCUCCCUCUCCUAGAACAGAGCUGUGAAAAUUACCUGAAAUAGAAUGGAAGCGUCAGUAAUAUUACCCAUUCUGAAGAAAAAACUGGCUUUUCUUUCAGGAGGGAAGGACAGAAGAAGUGGUCUCAUUCUGACAAUUCCAUUAUGCCUUGAGCAGACAAGUAUGGAUGAGCUGAGUGUCACGCUGGACUACCUGCUCAGUAUCCCAAGUGAGAAGUGCAAAGCGAGAGGAUUUACUGUGAUAGUGGAUGGCAGAAAAUCUCAGUGGAAUGUGGUGAAGACAGUUGUGUUAAUGCUACAGAAUGUUGUUCCAGCUGAGGUAUCACUUGUUUGUGUAGUAAAGCCAGAUGAGUUUUGGGAUAAGAAGGUUACGCACUUCUGCUUUUGGAAGGAGAAAGAUAGACUUGGCUUCGAGGUUAUUUUGGUGUCUGCUAACAAGUUGACUCGAUACAUAGAACCAUGUCAAUUAACAGAAGAUUUUGGAGGAACUCUCACCUACGAUCACAUGGAUUGGUUGAAUAAGAGGCUGGUAUUUGAAAAAUUCACAAAAGAAUCAACAUCCUUGCUAGAUGAACUUGCUCUAAUUAACAAUGGAAGUGAUAAAGGAAAUCAACAAGAAAAAGACAGAUCAAUAGAUUUGAACUUCCUUCCAUCAGUUGAUCCUGAGACUGUACUGCAGACAGGCCAUGAGUUGCUCUCGGAGCUACAACAGCGUCGAUUUAAUGGGUCAGACGGAGGAGUGUCGUGGUCUCCAAUGGAUGAUGAGCUGCUUGCUCAGCCGCAGGUCAUGAAGCUCCUAGACUCCCUCCGGGAGCAAUAUACCCGCUACCAGGAAGUUUGUAGGCAACGUAGCAAGAGAACUCAAUUAGAGGAAAUUCAGCAGAAGGUAAUGCAGGUAGUUAAUUGGCUUGAAGGACCUGGAUCAGAGCAGCUAAGAACCCAGUGGGGAAUAGGAGAUUCAAUUAGAGCCUCACAAGCAUUGCAACAGAAGCAUGAAGAGAUUGAGAGUCAGCACAGUGAGUGGUUUGCUGUUUAUGUUGAGCUUAAUCAGCAGAUUGCAGCCCUUCUAAAUGCGGGGGAUGAGGAGGACCUUGUGGAAUUAAAAGCAUUGCAGCAACAGCUGAGUGAUGUGUGUUAUCGACAGGCCAGUCAGCUAGAAUUCAGGCAGAAUCUAUUACAAGCAGCACUUGAAUUCCACAGUGUUGCCCAGGAUUUAUCUCAGCAACUGGAUGGCUUACUAGGAAUGUUGUGUGUAGAUGUGGCACCAGCAGAUGGAGCAUCAAUUCAACAAACUUUAAAAUUACUGGAAGAGAAAUUGAAGAGUGUUGAUUUAGGUUUGCAAGGCUUGCGUGAAAAAGGUCAAAGUCUUCUUGAUCAGAUAUCUAAUCAGGCAUCCUGGGCCUAUGGAAAAGAUGUGACCAUUGAAAACAAAGAAAAUGUGGACCAUAUCCAAGGAGUGAUGGAAGAUAUGCAGCUUAGAAAACAAAGGUGCGAAGACAUGGUAGAUGUGCGACGACUGAAGAUGCUUCAGAUGGUACAGUUAUUUAAAUGCGAAGAAGAUGCUGCUCAGGCAGUAGAAUGGUUAAGCGAACUGUUGGAUGCUCUGCUGAAGACACACAUCCGACUAGGAGAUGAUGCUCAAGAAACAAAGGUUUUACUGGAGAAACAUAGAAAAUUUGUUGAUGUUGCACAGAGUACUUAUGAUUAUGGGAGACAGUUACUGCAGGCAACAGUUGUGCUGUGCCAGUCCCUGCGAUGCACUUCGAGGUCCUCAGGGGACACACUUCCAAGACUGAACAGAGUGUGGAAGCAGUUUACCUUAACUUCUGAAGAAAGAGUACAGAGGCUGGAAACAGCAGUUGCAUUUCAUUUGAGUGCUGAAAAGAUUUUGCAAGAAUGUCCUGAGCAGCCUGAAGCUUUUAAUGAAAUGGAACAAUUUGAUGAAAUUGAAGCAGUUGGGAAAUCGCUGUUGGACAGAUUAACAGUGCCUGUGGUUUAUCCUGAUGGUUCUGAGCAGUACUUUGGGAGCCCGAGUGACAUGGCUUCUGCCGCAGAACACAUUAGAGAGAAGAUGAAGCUUGUUAGCUUGAAAAAGCAGCAGCUGAGACAACCAGAAGCCACUACCCCAGAGAGCUAAUACUGACCCUUGUCUAUCAAUUCAUAAUAGGACUUCAGUUUGUAAUCCAGCAUGUUGUUUGCAUAUUACAGAAUUUGGCAUAUGUUAAACUGCAUUUCACGGCCAUUGUCUCAUCUUUUUUUCAAAGUAAGUGUUCUCAGCAUCUUAACGCAGUACAUCUAUCAAGCCAUAAUUAUUUAACACGCUACGAAACCAUAGAUUCCAAGUAUCUUAUGAAAAAGAACUGUAAACUUUGCACUGAAAUUUGCUGUAAAGCUUUACCUGACCUGUCAGCUGCUACUUAGUUUAACAGCUGAUGCAAGCUUUGAAUGGUGCUAAUGAGUUAGGAGUUCCAUAUUAUGAAAUUGUAGUUCUUUGCUUCUCCCCAUGCCCAGGUGAUGUAGUAACUUUAGACUGCAGGUAAAAUGCCUGCAGUGUAGACAGUGGUGACCCUAUAAUUUUAAUUUGAAAUACUUUAAAAUAAAAAAGUCAUUUUUAUUGUGCCAGUAUGCAACCAGACAUCAAAUCUUUGAUAUAUCAGAUUCAUUAAACAGAUGUUUUCCUAUUUGUAUUGAUAAUGUAUUAAAAGCUGUUUGUGCUUAAUAAAAACCAUCUUUUUGAAAUCU